AAGUAAGGUAUAACGUUAGUGGUGAAAGGUGUCACUGGAUGUUAUAAAUCGAAAAAUGCCUCUUCGAGUAGGUUGUAGAGCUGAUGACGCUGACAAGCAUGAAUUCGAUAUAAACUUUCUACUCUACCAUAAAGGAAUCUUAUACAGUGCUGGAGAUGAUGGAAAAGUCAUGGCAUGGGCUCCUGACCUGAAGAAACUAGCUGAGGUUCAGUCGAAUCAAUGUUCAGUUUUCUGUUUAGCAGCCAGUGACGAUACUUUGUAUUCUUGUUCCAAUGAAGGUACCAUCAAAUCUUUCGAGUUGAAAACUCUCAAAGAAAAAGAAGUUAUUACCAAAGAUGAUCAAGCUGAAUACUGGAGGGUCAGUUAUUCCGACGGAUGCCUGUAUUCCGGCGAUCAUGAAGGUUAUAUAAAAGUCUGGAAAGACGGCAAAUUUUAUGGUUCACUCAACAUCGCCGAGCCCAUUAAGGAUAUGGCGGUAUUCAAAAACUUGAUUUUCACGGUUAAAGAUUUGGACCUUGUAAUAACCGACAUGAAACUUGAAGGAGAAAAACUCCGUUAUGGAACCAAAAACAACUUCAUGGGACGAGCUCCCGUAACCACGAUCGGAGAAAAAUAUUUCAGUUUUGUUAGUCGAGAAGGAAUGGAUAUAAUUCUGCACGAGAACAACAGCGACAGUCAUUUCAAAGCUCUUAGUAAAACGCAGAAUGCCCACGAGAAAAUAAUAAAUGCCUUAGCAGGAGCCAGCUGGGACAACAAAGACAUCAUCUUCAGCGGUGGCUGGGAUAAGCAACUGAAAAAGUGGACCAUCGUCGAUAACAACUUGAAAGAGGGUGGUUCUUGUGAUGUGGAAAUAGUCAUCAACGCCAUCGCGAUUGGAGACAAGGGGGAAUUAUACGUAGGGGGCGCUGAUGGGCAUAUUGUUCGAAUUGAGGUUGAGUAGAAUAAGAUUUCUGAAAAUUUUGUGUUGGAAUUUUGAUUGUUCAUAAAUAUAAUUAUAUUAUAAUUUUUUCGAGUA